AUGGCGUCGACGUCUCCACGCGCCCCAGCACCUCAGCUCCUCCUCGUGCUCUCCCUGCUGCUGGCUGCUGCAGCCAGCGCCUCGUCCCUGCUUCCCCCGACCAAUGCACACCCGCCGAGACGAUGGCCGGCGCCGGCGCCCCCGCCAGCGGUGAAGGCAAGGGAGGAGGGCGGCAGCGUCUCGGUGGGGCUGAUCUCCACGCUGCGCGAGACGCUGGACCCCUGGCGCGCCGCCGUCGCCGACUGCCUCGACCUCCUCAACCUCUCCUCCGACGAGCUGUCGUGGUCCAUGUCCACCACUUCGGACGACGACUACAGCCCUGCCAGCGCUGCCAAGGCGGGGGCGGGCGGCCGCCCCGUCGGCACCGGCGACGCCCGGUCCGACCUGCGGUCCUGGCUAAGCGGCGCGCUCGGGAACCAGGACACCUGCAAGGUGUAA